GCCCACACAGAAAAACGACAACAGUGAACCCAACUGUUCAACUUUAUUUUGGUUCACGGUCAAUAUUAGCGCCAUCGCAACUGCUGGGUGUGGGCGAAUCUGCGCCCCGCCACCGGAAGCUAAAAGCAGCACCCUGAAUUUCUCAUCGUUUAAGUCGAGCUUCACUUCCAAUGUUAAUUUCCUGAAGAGAAGAUUCAGCUCGGGAGACUUGUCUUCCGAGGUCGAUGAUGUUGAUCCCAAUAGCUUGCCGCCAGCGGCACGUCCCAUACAAGACCAGCCCACUAAACCUUAUGUUGCUGGCGGCCCACCGAACAUGCCGCCACCGCCGGCACCCGGCCAAUUGCCGCCGCAGCCCGCCGGUGCUGCGCCCGAGCUGUCGCUAAACUUUGGCGCUGGCAAAGCAGCACCGACUACAGCGGCACCAGCUCCGCCACGUGGUGUAAGUGCGCCCACCAGCCCGGCCAAGUCGCGUGAGAGUCUGCUGCAGCGUGUGCAGAGCUUGACAGGUGCCGCACGCGAUCAAGGCGCCUCCAUAUUGGGCGCUGCUGUGCAAAGCGCCACUCAACGUGCGCCAGCCUUCAACAAGGAUAGAUACUUUACGCUGUUGGUGCUGGAUGAUCAGAACACGGAUUGGUCCAAGUACUUCCGCGGGCGUCGUUUGCAUGGCGACUUCGAUAUACGCGUGGAGCAGGCAGAGUUUCGCGACAUAACGGUGGUGUCCAGCGCCGAUACCGGACCGGUUGUCACCAUGGCCGCCUAUCGCAGCGGCACGCGGGUUGCGCGUUCAUUCCGACCGGACUUUGUUUUGAUACGUCAGCCGCCGCGUGACGGCUCCAGCGACUUUAGAUCGACCAUAUUGGGCUUGAAGUAUGGCGGAGUGCCCAGCAUCAAUUCGCUGCAUUCGAUUUACCAAUUUCAGGAUAAGCCUUGGGUGUUCUCACAUCUGCUGCAACUGCAGCGUCGCCUGGGACGCGAUGGCUUUCCGCUGAUUGAGCAAACGUUCUUUCCCAAUCCGCGAGAUUUGUUCCAAUUCACCAAGUUUCCCAGCGUUUUGAAGGCUGGACAUUGCCACGGUGGCGUGGCUACGGCUCGUUUGGAGAAUCAGAGCGCUUUGCAAGAUGCCGCUGGACUUGUCAGCGGCGCUGGCAACGAAUCGCAUUGUUAUUGCACCAUCGAGCCCUAUAUUGACGCCAAGUUUAGCGUGCACAUUCAAAAGAUUGGCAACAACUACAAGGCGUUUAUGCGCAAAUCCAUCACUGGCAAUUGGAAGACCAAUCAGGGCUCAGCUAUGCUCGAGCAAAUCACCUUAACCGAGAAGUACAAAACUUGGGUAGAUGAGAUAUCGGAGCUGUUUGGCGGCAUGGAAGUUUGCGGAGUUUCGGUGGUGGUGGCCAAAGAUGGACGCGAGCAUAUUAUAAGCGCAUGCGACAGCACAUUUGCUUUAAUUGGCGACAGCCAGGAGGAGGAUCGUCGACAGAUUGCUGAUCUAGUCUCGGGUCGCAUGCAGAACGUCUGCCGACCCAAUAUGGCUCAGACAGGACCAGGCAAGCUGCCCUCACGUUCUUCGGUCUCAUCACGCGCAGAGAGUCCCACUGAGGACAUGGCACCAACACCGCCGCUGACUGCUGGGCCGGGACCAAGGCCAGCACCAAUGGGUGGACCACCGCCCAUACCCGAGCGCACCUCGCCCGCUGUGGGUUCGAUUGGCCGUUUGAGCAGCCGCAGCAGCAUCUCGGAGCUACCGGAGGAGCCUUCCUCGUCGGUGCCCAGCACUGUCGGUGGUGUGCGACGCGACUCACAGACCUCGCUGGCGUCGAGCGUUUCCACAGCAUCCAGGGCGGGACAACGUCCUCCGCAAACUCAGAGCUCGGUGGUUGAGGAUGCGGAGGACACCAUGAAGAACCUCAGGAAGACCUUCGCGGGGAUAUUUGGUGACAUGUAGGAAAUCGCUAAUAAGAAGCGCGGCAGAACGGCAAGCGAGACAAGCAACAGCAGCGGCCUGGGCAGCGUGCCCAGCAGCGCUGGUCCAGCCAGCAGUGUUGGCAGUGGCAGUGGCUUUAGCGGCUCAUUUCUGGGCAAGCAGUUCUCGUUUGCCGCCAGCGGCAGCAAGUCUAGCGGCGUCGGGGGCGGCAUACCGGAUGUUAUAUCCACACAGCCCAGUCGACCGCAGCAGCAGGAGCCAGCCACAACAACAGCAGCUGUGCCCGCUUCGGAUAGCGCAACUACGGAUAACAUAACAACAACAACAACAACAAGUGCUGGCUAUCAGCCAGUGACCAACUUUGAGCCACAAGAGCGGGUCAAUCCUUUCGACAAAGAUGCCAGCAAAUCGAUGAGCGUCACCAGUAUGGGCGCUGUCUCCAACACCACUUCAUCAUCCUCAUCGAUAUCCUCGUCUUCGAUAUCAUCGCGCAUCAAUCGCAAUGGCAACCCGAACAAAUCGCCGCCACCGCCCACCGGGCCACCUCCACCACCGCCGCAUGUAACAGCAAAUGCAAAUUUCAACACCAACAACAGUUCCAGCGCCAGUGCCAGCGCCUAUCGCAACAGCUUCAGCAGCUCGCUGAGCAAGGACAAGACCAGCUAUGGCAACUACGACAGCAACAGCUCGGUUGAGACCAUCACACGCAUGGACACCAACACCACGAAUACCACAGCAAUAACAGCUACAGGUGGCUCCGAGGCCAUCACAGCCAUCAGCAGCGGUGGAGCUGCAGCGGCCAUUACCAGCUCCACUUCUAAUAACGAUUGGCGCACCGCCAUUGGCAUGCGCUCGGCGAGUGUUUAUAGCGCUCCAGCGGCAGUGACAACAACAGCGCCACCUGGCGACACCUCUGGCUAUGACAGCAACUCGUUGGCCUCCCAGGCGGGCUAUAAUAACCCCAGCGACUUGCCAUCGUAUACGCGGCCCUCGUACUCGCGCUCCGAGAGCAACGCAUCCAAGCAAUCCGAUUUGGAUAUCAUAUUUGGCGACAUUAAGCCCACCCCUGCUGUAGGCAAUGGCAAAUAUACACGCUCCGGUGGCUCAAUAUCGGAUGCGGACAUGAUGUUUGGCGGACCCACAGCCAGCUACAAGAGCGAUCGCUUUGGGGCCAGCAAGAGCAUGAGCAUGAGCAGCAGCGGCGCGGGUGCCAGCUCAAAUACAUCUUACAAGAUCUAUGAAGGCAUACAGAAUGCAGCAUUUAGCGAUUAUAGCGAUACGGGAAGCAUGAGUAGUUUGAAUUCAACUACUAAGCGUUGGAGCGCCAAGGCAGAGGACGACGAUGAAUUGGAUUUAAAAUAAAUCCACACACUUAACACUCACUGUUACUCCCACAACAAACUCAUACACAUGCAUCUAGCUACAUUUAACUGUGUCUGUUUUCUGCCUCCGAAGUUUCCUGGUUUCAUGAAAACAUGAAUACAUACUCACUCUCCUUUAAAACUGCAUUACAAACUACUUACUUACAACUGGGUUACUAUACUUUUUCACUACUUACGUUAACUAUGCUUCAAAUAUCGUUAUCAAAUAUUAUAUAUA